GCGGGCAAAGUGCGAGUGUUGCACUUGCUGUGGAACUGGCCAAGAUUAGCGCGGCAACACAGUGCAAGCACGAGAAGUCGCGCAAUCCCGUCUCCAGACGAACGAAAGAGUCCACGGCAAGCGUUUCUGUGGCAUCAGCCCACGAAGAGCUGAAGGCAAUCCUUGGGAGGUUAGAAGGCAAAUCGGGGCAGGACCGCAUUUGUACACCAGAUAUGACUCGACGCUGA